UUUUGUCUACCGUAGAGGGAUAUGAAAUAACUGUGGGCUGUUUGGUUUCUGUUCAAGCUGAAUGUCAGACUUCCCUUUUUAAAAACGGUUCUUAUCCCAUAUGCAAAAUUGCAUGCAUGAAUUCAUGCAUAAAAUAAACAAUUGUGUUGAUUAUUAAUUGCAAAAAAGCAAGCGUUUACUUUAAUUACCUGUUUUGACAUCUUAUUGAGGGUUGCUUUGAAAACGAGUCCAGCUUUCUCUAUUUGAAGGGGAAGUUCUUAUAAUCAGUAACCAUCAGUCAUGGGCAUGUGAGGAGUGCUCACUGGAGUGCUCUGAACUUUGUCUCAUUUUAACAUCAUUUCACAUGUUUGUUUCGUCACUGGAAGGGCAGAUGGAUUCGUCUUUAGAGAGCUCCACUUCAUCGACCGGUAACCCGGUGCGCUGUCGGUGUCGGACCUGUAAGAUCAUUGUGAUUGGAGAUGCUGGUGUCGGGAAGACUUGCCUGACGCACCGCUUCUGCACCGGACAGUUUCCCAGCAGAACGGAGGCUACAAUCGGGGUGGAUUUCCGUGAGAAACUUAUUGAUUUAGAAGGCGAGAAAAUUAAAGUACAGCUGUGGGACACGGCUGGCCAGGAGCGUUUUCGUAAAAGCAUGGUGCAGCACUACUAUCGCAAUGUGCAUGGAAUUGUCUUAGUCUUCGAUGUCACUAACCCCACUAGUUUCUGCAAUAUUCCCAUGUGGAUGGAUGAAUGCCGCCAGCACUCUCUUGGACUGGAUGUACCCCGUGCUCUCGUUUGCAACAAGACCGAUCUGGUCACUUCGUCUACUGCUUCUGUGUUAAUCGAUCAGGCUCAACAUUUGGCCGAAGUCCACGGCAUGUCUUUUUAUAUUACUUCAGCCAAAGGUCACAAAGGGGACUCGGUGGACAGCAUCUUUGUGACGUUGGCACAGAGGUUAAAGAGCCAGAGACGGGAGAGUGUGAAUGAAUUGGUGUUACAGUGCAGAUCUGAGAGCUUCAAUAUCCCAGGAAAAGUCAUAACAGCACAGGAGAGCAAGAAGAAAUGGACCUGUGUCUGCUGACAGAUUAAUGGUCAUUAUAGUUAUGUGCUUAUUUCAGUAGGUUCUCUAAAUAGGGAUAAAAAUAGCAGUGUGAACUUUGAGAAUAACAGAUCAAUGGUCUUGAAGGUAUGAAGACUGGUUUAAAUGCCAAUUGAUGUUUGGAUUUUUAUUUUCAUCCGACAUCUACUUCAGACAACAUUAUCUGUAAGAAGCAAUGCCUCAUAAUGAUGAGAUUUGAUUUAAUUUCCAGUUUCUUUGGAGGCUUGCUGCUGAUUUUGCUCCUUAAACUUUUUGCAGACAACAUCCAGAGUAACUUCUUGUCAAGGAUUAUGUUGGACAUUAAUUGAGGUUGAUGGUUAUCAGUUUCCUCUUAAAUAACUUUCGUACAUGCCCAGUUUUCAACCACUUUCAACACCUUUACCUUGGAGUUAUGAGACUAAAGUGAACCUUUUUUCCUGACAGCUGAAUCUUCACUUGUACGUACUGCUCUUUGUGCUGGGUCAAUGCUAUAGUGACCAUCCACAUCCAUGUAGCUCAGUUUAAAUAUACUGUGUAUACAGGUAGCAAAUUGUUUGUAUAAUUCAAUAAACAAAACAAAAAAAGAUCUUGUUCUAUGUUGGCUCUUUGUUCUAUAUUCUGCUUUUCCUUGUACUCAAAUGAUUGGAUGAUUGGGAAUCAGUGUUUUUUAUUAUGCUUUAUUUUUCUUAACCCUUGUGCUAUGUUGAAAAUCCUUUACCCAGUUGGUAAAUAUGUUAAUAGCCUUUGAUCAAUGUGAUCAUGCAAAGUUAUUUCAAUAUUGUAUCAUCAUUUAAUCACCCAUAUCCAGUUUUUCUUAUCUGUACAGCCGAGCGACACAACAGAUGAAGUUAGAGAGUCAUAAUAAAUUACAAAUUUAGUUCAUGUAAAGUUGUUACAUCAGAGUCCCUCAAGAUGGUGUUCUCUCACCAUACUUGUUUGUACCUUGUUAUGCCAACUCAUAAAAUGUUGAUUGUACUUUGGAUACUGAUUAUGCUUUUUUGUACCUACGUAGCUAUUGUACCUUUUUUUCUGAGAGUGCACAUAUGAAGAUGAUACCCAGAUCUACUUUGUUCUUUUUACUGUACUUUCUGUUUGUGUCUCUACAUUUUAAUAAAAACUCACACCUUUUGCACAGUGCUGAUCCAGAUUCACCAGAAUGUUUGCUAUCAUGUAUUAAUAAUAAAUAUUUUUUAUUUGUUAUUAAUGUUUAAUUUACUUUUUAUUGCAUGUAUAUCAUAACAUGGUCCAUACAGCCCUUUAACAUUUUCAAAACAACUUGAAAUGUGAUUAUUGUUGCAUAUAAUGCUUCAGAUGGUAAAAUCUGUCCUAUUUAGAAGGUUUUCACAACUCACUAAAAUAUGGUAGAUACAUUUUGUAGCUGUUCUGGAUUACUUAAUGUCACAAGUAACAUAAUAGGUCAAUCAAGCAAUCAAUAAACAAACAAAAAAGCUAAUCCUGUAAUUAUUUAAGCAACAUCAGGGUCCUGUACCAUGAUGGUAGCUGAACAAAUUCAGAGUUA